CUCGCUUUAUUAUUACUCCAGUCCAGCAGCUUCUCUUUCCCCCUUCUUCCUCUCCGCCAUUUCCUUCUCGACCGAGCUCGCCGCCGCCGCCGAUCCCCCGGGCUCCCUUCCUUGCCGCGGACCGCUCUCUGCCACGUGCGGUGCCUGGACCAGGGGCGCGCUUCUGGUUGGGCUUGCUCCAUCCUCUCCCAGUCCCAGCGUCAAAGUAGAAGCUGAACAAAUACUCUUGCUACACACUGUUUUGGCAGUCUAGUGUUCUUGAUUGAGUUGGCUAUAAGAUUUCGGUUCAUGGUGGCUGGAUGAGCAGCUGAGAUGCUACUGGCUGUGGAGGGAGGAGGUUUUUUCUCGUCAUCUGCAUCGGGGUAUAGCCAUGGCCUUGCGCUUUUGCUGCUCGGACGGAAAACUGAAGAGCAGCCUGUGAAAGCAUCGCCCUGGAAUCACUACCGGCUAGUCGAUCGGGAAGCUGGGCAUGUGGGGCAGCUGCCUUCAGGGAAAGAAGAGGUUCCUGGUAAAUGUGCUUCGUUUACCUGCUUUGGAUGCACGCCCGCUAGGCUUGAGGGUGCAUCUCCUCCAAAAUUGAGCUCAAGUAACACGGCCAAGCAAUUAUCCAGUUCGACAAACAGGAAAGGAACAAGUAAUGGGUCCAUCAAUGGAAGCGGCAGAAAAGGUUGUCUUAAGAGUAACUCGAGAAGGGACUCUUCUGACCGUGGUUCUAUAGUAAGUGAUGGCGAGGAGCCGCGUGAGUCGCUGGAAGAGGUGCAAACCUUGAAAGCUGGUAUGGAAAGGAGAAAAGUUCAGUGGACGGACACAUGUGGGAAGGAACUUUUCGAGAUCAGAGAAUUCGAAACAAGCGACGAAGGUCUGUCGGAUGACGAGGCUGACAAUGAUGGCUUCAGGAAAUGCGAGUGCGUGAUCCAGUAGCUCCCUCUGCACAUCGGCCUCAAACCUAGACGGGUGCUUCAUGGGACCUUGAAGCUCUCCGUUCGGUCCGACAGACACAAACACGAGAUGCAUGUCCUGCUGUUGCUGAUCAAACUGGUAGUUAGGGUCACAAUUUUGUCAUGGUUGACACCACUUGCACUGUUAAUUCAUUCCCAUGCUUUUAAUCUUUUUUUCCUUUCAUUGCUGUUGGUUACCCUGUAGCUGUGUGUAUUUGUGUUUGUACCAUAUGUAACUGCCCAUUUUUUACCCUCUCCCACUUGCCAGCGGGCGUUACUUUGUUAAUUGUUACUGCCCUUCUGUUUUGUUGUUGAUCAUCAUAUAUAUAAAACAUUGGAUGAAAGA